GCACAAGAACACACGAGUUUCCUUUCUCUGUCUCCAAGAAAAACAGUUUCCCUCUGCUUCUAACACAGAAAAUCAAAGGGAAAAAACAGUAGGGUAAUGGCUUUGGAAGAUGGGGUUGAUGAUUAUACACAGGAUGGCACUGUAGACCUUAAAGGAAACCCAGUUAGGAGAUCCAAGAGAGGAGGAUGGACUGCUUGCUCCUUUGUUGUUGUGUAUGAGGUAUUUGAACGCAUGGCCUAUUAUGGCAUAUCAAGCAAUCUUGUGGUAUAUUUGACAAAUAAGCUGCAUGAGGGCACUGUCAAGUCCUCCAACAAUGUUACCAACUGGGUUGGCACCAUAUGGCUGACCCCAAUCUUGGGCGCCUACAUCGCAGACGCCCAUCUCGGCCGCUACUGGACCUUUGUCAUUGCUUCAGUAAUCUAUCUAUCUGGAAUGUUAUUGCUAACAUUAUCAGUGUCACUUCCUGCACUAAAACCACCAUCAUGUACUCAAUCCAAUGCGGGGGACUGCAAAAGGGCUUCAACUUUACAAUUAGCUGUGUAUUUUGGUGCCCUGUACACUCUAGCAGUGGGUACAGGUGGGACAAAGCCUAACAUUUCGACCAUUGGUGCCGACCAGUUUGAUGAUUUCCAUCCCAAGGAGAAGGCUCACAAGUUGACUUUCUUCAACUGGUGGAUGUUUAGCAUCUUCUUUGGAACACUGUUUGCUAACACAGUUCUUGUGUACAUACAAGAUAAUGUGGGCUGGACCUUGGGCUAUGGUCUGCCUACUAUUGGGCUUUUGAUUUCUGUUUUGAUUUUCUUGGCAGGCACACCCUUCUAUAGGCACAGGGUGCCUGCGGGAAGUACCUUCACAAGGAUGGCUAGGGUCAUUGUGGCUGCCCUAAGGAAAUGGAGGGUGCCUCUUCCUAGUGACCCUAAAGAACUCUAUGAACUUGACUUGGGAGAGUAUGACAAGAAAGGGAAAUUUAGGAUUGAUUCAACUCCAUCCUUUAGGUUCCUCAACAAAGCUUCUAUAAAAACAGAUUCCACAGAUCCAUGGAUGUUAUGCUCGGUAACCCAAGUAGAGGAAACAAAGCAAAUGCUAAGGAUGAUUCCUAUAUUGAUAUGUACAUUUGUUCCAAGCACCAUGAUUGCUCAAAUCAAUACCCUCUUUGUAAAACAGGGCACUACCCUUGAUAGAGCCAUUGGCAGCUUCAAGGUACCCCCAGCAAGUUUGAUAGCAUUUGUGACAUUAUCCAUGCUUAUUUCUGUUGUUCUAUAUGAUCGGUUUUUUGUGGCAAUCAUGCAAAGAUGGACAAAGAACCCAAGAGGCAUAACUCUCCUUCAAAGAAUGGGGAUUGGUUUGGCUUUCCAUAUCGUAAUCAUGUUGGUUGCAUCUUUCACUGAAAGGUACAGAUUGAAAGUAGCCAGGGAACAUGGGUUGGUUCAAAAUGGGGGCCAACUGCCGUUAACGAUAUUCAUUUUACUUCCUCAGUUUGUGCUUAUGGGAAUGGCUGAUGCUUUUUUAGAAGUGGCAAAGAUUGAGUUCUUCUAUGAUCAGGCACCAGAAGACAUGAAGAGUCUUGGGACAUCCUAUGCCACCACUAGUUUAGGAGUUGGGAAUUUUAUCAGUAGCUUUCUUCUUUCAACAGUUUCUCACGUCACAAGCAGAGAUGGCCACCAGGGAUGGAUACUAAACAACCUGAAUGCUUCUCAUCUGGACUACUAUUACGCAUUUUUCGCUAUAUUGAACUUCUUGAACCUCAUAUUCUUCUUGGUUGUGAUCAAGUUUUAUGUGUACAAGGCUGAAGUCUCGAAUUCAAUAGAAGUACUUACCGAAGAACUGAAGGUCAUGAGAUUAAGGACAUCAAACCCAGAAGAGACUAGACCUUAGAUUCAAGAUUACGAUCUUGAAUGUCAUAGCUAAAACCAUACUUUCUACAGAAUAAUGUCAUAGUAAUUUUCCUUCAAUACAGUGUGUCUAAAUUUUGUCGACCGUGAAAAAAUGAUGUAAUGAAUUUGAGAGGAAAAA